CCCCUGUGCUAAAAUCCCACCCCGAUCCAUGAAAUUUGGCUCGCUCUCAUCCAACCAAAACAGCACAAAAAGCCUGGAUAAAACCUCCACUGUUUGCCGGAGCUUUUCCGCCAAGGAAAACUCCCCGACCCCUCUUUUCUUGCUUAAUCAACCCCCAUCCCUUUUUCCCCUCCCUGCUUUCAGCUUUGCUUUGCCCACUUCGGAUCGGGCUCCGGGCUUUGCUGGGCCCUUCCCCAGCGCCACAUCCCACAUCCCACAUGGAAAUCGUGCGGGAAAUGAGCCAUUUCCUCGGCAGGACAAUGGCCAGGCUGGGGCUCCGGCACACAAAGACCUUUCCGGUGUCCCUGGCUCAUUCCCAGAGUCCAAACCUUCCCAAGGGGGAGGGGUGAUGGUUUUGGGACCGGGGAACGGCUUUGGGUGUCAUUCCUAAGAAUAUGUUAUUUUUAUUCUGCUCCCCCAGUGGGACAAAUCCACUGGGAAAAUUGGAAGGAGGAGCGGUGAGGAAGAGCAGGCUCCGGAAACCCGGCCCUUCCAACGCCGCCGGAGCUUUAUUUAGCGGGAUAAUGAGGGAGCAGAGCAGCAGGAAAGCAACGCCCUGCGGUCCCAGCUCAAAUUGCCACUUUGGGGAAGAGUUUCCAAUUCCAAGACGAGCUCAGCCCAUCCCGGGGUCUGCCCUGGGCCGGUUGGGAUGGGGCAGGAUGGGCCUGGAGGACGCGUGGCAGCCGCAGAGCUGGGAAAAGUGUGGGAAGCGCCGGCGGGAACCACAUCCUGGGGGUGGGAAUCCCUGGAGUGGGGGGGUCAUCAGGCAUGUGGAGGUGACAGCCUGUCCUGGGGACACGAUUCCCUGGAGGACACACGGCCAUGGCACCCCUGAUGCCCAGUGGGGACACCCCAUCCCAGGACACAAAUCCAUGGAGGACAUGGUGCCAUCCCACCCCACCUGGGACACCCCAUCCCAGGACACAAAUCCAUGGAGGACAUGGUGCCAUCCCACCCCACCUGGGACACCCCAUCCCAGGACACAAAUCCAUGGAGGACAUGGUGCCAUCCCACCCCAAGGGGGACACCCCAUCCCAGGACACAAAUCCAUGGAGGACAUGGUGCCAUCCCACCCCACCUGGGAAACCCCAUCCCAGGACACAAAUCCAUGGAGGACACGAUGCCAUCCCACCCCACCAGGGACGCCCCAUCCCAGGACACAAAUCCGUGGAGGACAUGGUGCCAUCCCACCCCAAGGGGGACACCCCAUUCCAGGGAAUUCCAGUUCCCUGAAGGACAGGCCGUGCCCAUGGUGCCAUCAGGGCACCGGGGACGUGUCUCCCCAUGGCCACAGCACCCGUGUUCCUGGGAAUGUCCCAUCCCUGGGGACACAAUUCCCUGGAGGACACACGGCCAUGGCAUCCCUGAUGCCCAGUGGGGACACCCCAUCCCAGGACACAAAUCCAUGGAGGACAUGGUGCCAUCCCACCCCACCUGGGAAACCCCAUCCCAGGACACAAAUCCAUGGAGGACACGAUGCCAUCCCACCCCACCUGGGAAACCCCAUCCCAGGACACAAAUCCAUGGAGGACAUGGUGCCAUCCCACCCCACCUGGGAAACCCCAUCCCAGGACACAAAUCCAUGGAGGACAUGAUGCCAUCCCACCCCACCUGGGAAACCCCAUCCCAGGACACAAAUCCAUGGAGGACACGGUGCCAUCCCACCCCAAUGGGGACACCCCAUCCCAGGGCACAAAUCCAUGGAGGACAUGGUGCCAUCCCACCCCAAUGGGGACACCCCAUCCCAGGACACAAAUCCAUGGAGGACAUGAUGCCAUCCCACCCCAAGGGGGAAACCCCAUUCCAGGGAAUUCCAGUUCCCUGAAGGACAGGCCGUGCCCAUGGUGCCAUCAGGGCACUGGGGACGUGUCUCCACGUGGCCACAGCACCCGUGUUCCUGGGAAUGUCCCAUCCCUGGGGACACGAUUCCCUGGAGGACACACGGCCAUGGCACCCCUGAUGCCCAGUGGGGACACCCCAUCCCAGGACACAAAUCCAUGGAGGACACGAUGCCAUCCCACCCCAAUGGGGACACCCCAUCCCAGGACACAAAUCCAUGGAGGACACGAUGCCAUCCCACCCCACCAG